AUGACGAUAGCCGGGAUCGGAGGAGCCUCUGGAGCAACCCGCGGACGGCUGUCUUUGGCCCUCUCCUCGGCAAUAACUGGAGCAACGCUCCCCGUCCAGGCGUACGUUCUGCCGCAUCUCUCCUCGUACCAGGGGCCCAUCGUGCGAGCCAGCGUCACCUGGCCCCACAUACGCGGUCUCCCUCUGGCCGAUCCGCAGUAUUUAGACCGAGAUUCAAUCGAGAUACUGCUCGGUGCGGAUGUCUAUUCCGCCAUCCUUCAAGAUGGACUCCGCAAGGGAGGCAAAGACGAGCCCAUCGCGCAGAAGAACUCUCUCGGGUGGAUCCUGUCGGGAGGACACCGAGCCACGACCCAGAGUAGCCAUGCCGCUCACCAAUGCACCAUAGACCGCCAGCUGACCGACUUGGUGCAGCUCUUCUGGGAGCAGGAGAAGGAGAAUACCGCUCCCGUCGCUCUUACCCCGGAGGAGAGAAGGUGCGAGGACAUCUUCGUCCGCGAGCACUCACGCACCACCGCCGGACGUUACAUUCUUCAUGAAGGACUACGAAGACCUGCAACACAUGGAAGCUGUAACCACAUCAUCACAACAUCAUCACAAGAAGAUACUGCAAGGUGCUACUUACCGCAUCACGGAGUGUUGCGAGAAACGAGCAUCACCACUAAGCUCAGAGUCGUGUUCAACGGCUCACAGCUCACGACCUCGGGCACCUCGCUCAACACCAGUCUGCUGACUGGUGCCAAUCUCCUGCCAGUUCUCGCCGACGUACUCCUGCGCUGGCGCUGGCACCGUUACGUCUUCUUGGCGGACAUUGAGAAAAUGUACCGCCAAAUUCUUGUUCAUCCAGACGACCGCGAUCAUCAGCGGAUACUUUGGCGGCACCGUGCCGUUGACGACAUCCGCGAAUACCGCUUGCGAACGGUCACAUAUGGCUUGGCGUGCGCGCCAUUCCUCGCCAUACGGACCUUACACCAGCUCGCCGACGAUGAAGGUCACCGAUUUCCACAAGGAGCUGUCGCGCUGCGCCGCGAUACUUACGUGGACGACGUCGUGACCGGCGCGAGCACCCUCUCGGAGGCCACCGCAGUGCAACGGGAGCUUCGCAGCCUCUGCAUGGCGGGCGGGUUUCCUCUUCGAAAAUGGGCGGCCAACCACCUCAGCAUCCUGGACGGCGUUCCGCACGAGCACCGGCUCACCCACUCACCUCACUCAUGGUCUCACGAGAACCACACAACACUCGGUCUUCACUGGCACCCAGCUGGUGACCACUUCACUUUUUUACAACCGACACGUCACUUCGACGAACUUACAAAACGGCGUGUCCUGUCCGAAACCGCACGAAUGUUCGAUCCUCUCGGCUGGAUCACCCCGGUCACAAUGCGGGCCAAGAUCCUAAUCCAGUCCGUCUGGCUCCAGAAGAUCGACUGGGACACUCCACUUCCAUCACCGGACACGCUCGCUUGGCGGAACCUGCUCUCGCAACUUCCGCGCCUCAACGAGAUAAAGGUACCUCGUUGGCUCGGCAGGUACGCCGCCGUGGUGUACCUCCGCUCCUCUACUGGAAGGAGCACCGCACUCCACCUGCUGACCGCUAAGGGCAAGGUCGCGCCCGUGAAGCCCGUGUCCUUGCCGAGACUCGAGCUAUGCGCGGCCGCCCUCUUGACGAACCUCGUCGUUCACACGCGCACUCUGCUAAGUUUGUCCUCAGCUCCAGUCUUCCUUUGGUCGGACUCCAGGGUCACUCUUCACUGGAUCCACGGACACGCCUCCCGCUGGAAGACCUACGUGGCCAACAGAGUGUCGCUGAUCCAGGAGCGGCUACCCGAGGCGCGGUGGCGACAUGUGCCGGGCAAGGACAACCCAGCUGACUGCGCCUCCCGAGGAGUUCUGCCCAGCGACCUGGUCGGUCAUCCUCUUUGGUGGACGGGACCAUCCUGGCUUUUAGAGGACCAAGCAAGGUGGCCGGACAACGACGGCGCCCUGCUUAACGCUGCUAUGCCGGAGCAAAGGGCCGUCGCCUCACUCUCGGCGGCUGUCAAGGACGUUUCUGAAUCGGCCUUCCUGCUCCGUUUCUCGUCAUUGCACUGA